GAAAAAGUUUGACGAGUUUUCUAGGUUGGUUAGGGUUUUUCGAGGUUCAUCAGCGUUCGCGACGGAGGAGGAAUCCAUAGGAGGGGAGGAAGAAGAUGUGGCACGAAGCGAGGAGAUCGGAGAAGAAGGUUCACGACAUGAUGGACGCCGCUCGGAAAAGGGCGCAGCGACGUGCCGUUUAUCUCGCCAAACGUCGCGGUGAUCCUCUCCAGUCCAUCCAAGCCGUUGGAUCCCGCUGCCGGAUAUUCCGCGACGACGGUCUCUAUCAAGCCUCCGAGGAUCAACAAGGCCUGAUUCCUUGGAACGGGAAGCAAGAUGUUUUGAUUGAUAGAUUCGAUGGCCGAGCCCUUCUCGAUUUUGUACGCGAGGCUGGGUCGAGGAGCUUCCGGCCCCAGAAAAAGUCGGAAGAGGAGGAAGAAGUAGAAGAGUUUGUUAAUUUUGAGCGUUAUCGGGAUUUAAUUAAGCAUCGGCGUAGAGGAUUUUCCGAUGAGGAGGGUUUGCAACAUGUUAAUCAAGAACUUGAGAUCAAACUCAUCGCACCCUUUGUAUCACAGAGAUCUCAACCAGCCCAACCUCCAGCGAGCAGAGGCACAUAUUCACAGGUUGGCUUUUCAUAUACUGGAAACGGAAAGGAGGAAGAGGAUUUCUCAGAUGCAGAGGAUGAUGAUGCUAACGACGAAGAUGAGGAUGAGGACGAUGAGGAAGAGUUUGACAGUAAUGACAGUGAUGAUGAAGCGAUGGAAAUGAUUGCCAAGCAAUUUGGAAUAAAACGAUAUGGCUGGCUAGUUUACAUGGACAAGAAAGCGAAGGAGGAAGAAAGAAGGCAGAAAGAACUGAUCAAGGGCGACCCUUCAAUUAAGAAGUUGAGUCGCAAGGAAAGACGAAAAGUUUCGAGGAUAGAGAGGGAGAAAGAGAGAGAAGCUGCUAGGGUCAGUGGAAGGCAAAUGGUGUACCGUGAUCCCUACAGGGAAUCAAGAAGGAGUCCUACUUACGAGGCUUAUCCCCGUGCAAGAAGAUCACGAUCCAGAUCCCGGUCAUAUUCUCCUUCGCAUUCUAGGCACCAUGGCCGUGGAAGCCGUUCUGAUGAUUUUAAUAAACCAAAAAUCGAGUUUAUUACUGAAUUUGGAGGCUCUGGAGAUGUUGGAAGUCAAAAGUUCGAAGGAUACUCGCCACCACAUUCGCCACCUUCUCAGAUUGAUGCGUUCAACCGGCCUAUGCAGGGCCAUAUUCUCGAGGCCCUACAUGUCGAUCCUGCAUCUGGUGUGUCUCUUGAUAAGGAAAAGAGUGUUAAAUCAGCAAAACCGGCAGUGAGCACAUCUGCAGCACUAGCGAAGCUGUCCAAAGCAGGUACAUCUGGGCCCCUUACAAAACAGACACAAACGGCUAAGAAAGAGACACCUCAGGAGCGAUUGAAAAGGAUUAUGAACAACCAGCUCAGUAAACAAAUUAAGAAAGACUCAGCUGCUGAGACGGCUAAAAAGCAAGAACAGGAGCGGCAGAGGCUGGAGAAACUGGCAGAAACAAGCCGGUUGAGUCGGAAUAGGCAUCGCAGCCGUAGUAGGAGUUAUAGUCGUUCACCACCGAGAAUAUACAGAAGCAGAAGUGGCAGCAGGAGGAGGAGGAGGUCUCGAGGGAAGUAUUCUCGUUCAAGGUCAAGGUCUCGGUCCCGUUCACGUUCACGUUCAAGGUCUUCUAGAUCAAAUUCACGGUCGCCACCUCGUCGUUCCCGAAGACGUUCACCCUCGUGUUCCAGGUCGCCCAGGCGAAGAAGCAGGUCAAGGCACUGAAGAAGUUUGACGGAAGUAUUUCUGGAUCAAGAGGCAGGUUCUGUUUGGGUUCUUUAUUGUAUUAUGUUUAUAUUGUCUCUUUGUGUGUUAUUAUUGUCUGUUUGUACGGAGAGUACCCCCUUUUAACCUCAAAAAACUUUAUGAAUAAAAGAAACGACAUAUCCAUUGCAGUAGCA